AAUGUGGCAAAGCAUUUACCUGGUGUACAAACCUUACUCAACAUAAAAUCAUUCAUACUGGUGAGAAACCCUACAAAUGUGAAGAAUGUGGCAAAGCUUUUAGGCUGUCCUCAAUCCUUAGACAACAUAAAAGGAUCCAUAGUGGAGACAAACUCUACAAAUGUGAAGAAUGUGGCAAAGUCUUUACGCAGUGCACACACCUUACUAGACAUAAAAGAAUUCAUAGAGGAGAGAAAUUCUUCAAAUGUGAGGAAUGUGACAGAGCCUUUGCUGAGUCCUCAACCCUUACUCAACAUAAAAGAAUCCAUACUGGAGAGAAACCUUACAAAUGUGAAGAAUGUGGCAAAUCCUUUACCUGGUCUACAAGCCUUACUGUACAUAAAAGAAUUCAUAUAGGAGAGAAACCAUACGAAUGUGAAGAAUGUGGAAAAGCCUUUACCCAGUUCACACAACUUAUUCAACAUAAAAUAAUUCAUACUGGAGAGAAACCCUACAAAUGUGAAGAACGUGGCAAAGCUUUUAAGCAGUUUUCAAUCCUUACUCAACAUAAAAGAAUCCAUACUGGAGAGAAUCCCUACAAAUGUGAAGAAUGUGGCAAAGCCUCUACCCACAUUUCAACCCUUAAUCAACAUAAAAGAAUUCAUGCUGGAGUGAAACCCUGAAAAUGUGAAGAAUGUGACAGAGCCUUUACAUGGUGCACACACCCUACUCAACAUAAAAGAA